AUGCAGAAACCUGGAAAAAUCAGUACUCCUAAAAGUGACGAAAGAGACGAUAGUGGAUUUUCUUCCUUUUUAGACACUCAAGUAAGUAGUCCUAUAGAAGAUCCAGGAACCGUCAUUAAAAAAACCCAUUUCAACCCCUGUAGGGACAAGGAGAUUUAUUAUGAUCCUAAAAGAGGGUACGGAGGAAUACAAGCUUUGUAUCGUCAGGUCAAACCUUUAGGAAUUUCCCUGAAAAAGAUUCGAGACUGGUUAAAAGAACAAGAUACUUAUACUUUACAUAAACCCAUUCAAAGAAAAUUCCACAGACAACAAACUAGAGUGACCGAUAUAGAUGAACAAUGGCAAUUAGAUUUAGCAGAUGUGUCCAGUUUAAAGAAAUAUAAUGAUGGAUAUACGUUUUUAUUGUGUGCCAUUGACGUCUUAUCUAAAUAUGCCUGGGUAGUGCCUUUAAAACAGACAACGGGAAAAGAAAUGAUUCGAGGAUUACAAGAGAUUUUUCAACAAGACGGACGACGUCCCAUCCGCAUUCAAUCCGAUCAAGGCAAAGAAUUUACCAAUCGAGAAUUCUUACACACUUUUAAAUCCAUUCAUUUUUUUACUACUCGUAAUACGGACACUAAAGCCAGUAUCGUGGAACGAUUUCAGAGAACCCUCAAAGCACGCAUGUGGCGUUAUUUCACUCGUCAUAAAACCAGACGGUAUGUAGACGUCUUACCGGAUUUAGUAUAUGCUUACAAUCAUUCUUAUCAUCGAAGUAUUAAAAGAUCACCAGCUCAAGUGAAUGCUUCUAAUGUAUUGAAAGUCUGGAAAACUUUAUAUGGGGAAAAAUCUCAAACAUUCCCUAAAAAACCUCAAUUUAAACAAGGAGAUCGGGUCCGCAUUAGUAAAGCUAAACGCACUUUUGAAAAAGGAUAUUUACCCAAUUGGACUACAGAACUGUUUACCAUUUCUAAAAGAGUGGCUGGAAGAUAUCCUUAUGUGUAUAAAAUCCAAGAUGAUCAUGGUGAGGAAUUAGAAGGCACUUUUUACGAGAAAGAAUUACAACAGAUUAAUAAAAAAGAUGAUGUGUACGAAGUAGAAGAAAUUUUGGGGUAUAAAAAGCGACGUGUAGGGAAAAAAAUCAUUCAAGAAGUCAAAGUGCGGUGGAAAGGAUAUCAUCCUAGUUUUGAUUCAUGGAUUCCCCAAACGAAUCUCAUUCAAUAA